UCUAGUCUGUGAUAUCGCCCUCACUAUCGCACACUCUCACUUCACUCCGUUUCAAAUCGCUCUGAAAAAAACUGGUUUUGAUGGCUUGAAUUAUUCUCUGAGUGCUUCUCUUGGUGGUUCAUUGGCAACUCAGGUGCAUUGGAAUAUUUGGAAUUCUGUUUUAUAAAAUAUUGACUUGGAGAGAAGCAAUGGCACCAAAUCCAAGAGUUGCAAGAGCAUUUCGUGCUAUGAGGAGUAUUGGCAUCAUUGAAGAAAAAGUGAAACCAGUCUUGAAAAAUCUUUUAAAAUUGUAUGACAAAAACUGGGAACUUAUUGAAGAAGAAAAUUACAGAGCCCUCGCAGAUGCUAUAUUUGACCAAGAGGAGACACAGGCGUCAGAGCAAAAGAAGAAACAUGAAAUCACUGAUAAAGAGGAAAUGGAUGAAGAAGCUCAGAUGCAUGAGGAGCCCGAACGUCCCCUAAAAAGGUUGCGCUUAAGGAACCAGAAUGAUCAUGUUUCACCUUCUUUUGGAUUGGGUGAAACUUCAUCAAGAGGGCCACCCAAAGUGGAGGAGGCUGAUCUGCCUGAGACUUGUCCCGAACAACGGUCACAGGAUAUGACACAGUCACCACAGCCACUUGUUAGAAACAAAGGAAAGCAACCUGUCUUGCCUAAGCCCGUGUCAAUACAGGAUAGUUUUGAGCCAUCUCAGCCAGGUGCUGCUGACAGAACUGAGCCAUUUGCUACAAGAACUGAAUCUGAUUUGGUCCCUCCUCCAGUACAUCUCACGGGAAAAGGAAAGGAACCUCUCUUACCUCAAAUUGCUCCAGGAAUUUCUGUGAGGUCGCCUCAUGCAGUGCGCUUGAAAGAACCAAUGGGUGACACUGGCAUUGUCCUUUCACCCAAGCCGCACGUACAUGAUUCUCGUGCUUUGAUCAAGCCUAAAGAUGAGCCAUUCACUGAUGACAUACUGCAGUCAGAGGUUCCUAGUGCAGUGAUUCAUGGAGAGCCAUUAAGCAUAGAAAAUUCUUCAAGUGCAAAUGGCUCAAUUGGAGCAUCUGAUGGUCCUGAACAUAUUGUAUCCCAAUCUGUAGAUGGGGAAGCUAGAAAUGAUAGUGUUCUAGCUUCAUCAAAUGAAAGGACAACUAAUUGCAAGCUUGCAAACAAUGUGGAUGGGUCUUCUUCUAACUUAGAUAUUGCUUCCUCACACUAUCGAGAGGAACUGGGAACCAACUCUGCCAAUAAAUCACAGGAAACAAUUAUGCCAGCUGUUGAUUUAUUGAAACAAUCUAAUGCACUGGAUGCUUUGGGUGCUAGAGUAAAGCCAUUUGGUGCUUCUAAUGGAUCAGUCAUUACCCCAUGUGCUGUUGAAGUAGCAGAGUCUCAAAUUCCAAGACUUCCAUCAUCAUCAAACGGGACAGAUGACUGCAUACAAACUGAUAAGAAUACUAUUGAGAACAUCGGUGAAAUUGAUGAGGAAAAGGAACAGAAUAGUCUUGAGCAUGCAAAUCCUCAUAGUCUGUUGGCUCAGCAGCCUGAUGAUAUAAAGUCUCUUCAUGAUGCUAAUGACAUAGCCAAAGGACAAGAAAGAGUUGUGAUUUCAUUGGUAAAUGAAGUCAACAAUGAGUGUCCACCAUCCUUUCACCAUAUACCCAAAAAUGCAGUUUUUCAGAAUGCUUAUGUCAAUUUCUCUUUGGCUCGGAUUGGGGAGAAUUGUUGUUCGAUUUGUCUUGGCGAUUGUUUAUCAUCGUCAACACCUUGUGCUUGUGCAAAUGAAACUGGUGGUGAUUUUGCAUACACCUUAGAAGGCCUGGUUAAAGAUGAAUUUUUAGAAGAGUGUAUUUCGAUGAAUCGCGAUCCCCAAAAGCACUGCCACUUUUAUUGUAAGGAGUGCCCACUGGAAAGAUCAAAAAAUGAUGAUAUUAUAGAACCAUGCAAAGGUCACUUAGUGAGGAAGUUCAUAAAAGAGUGUUGGUGGAAAUGUGGCUGCAGUAAGCAAUGUGGUAAUCAGGUGGUACAGCAUGGUAUAAGUUGCAAUUUGCAGGUGUUUAUGACUCCUGGAGGAAAAGGAUGGGGUCUUCGUACCCUAGAGGACCUCCCAAAAGGUGCAUUUGUAUGUGAAUAUGUUGGGGAAAUAUUAACCAAUGCAGAGCUCUUUGAGCGAGUCUCAAAAAGCCCCAGCAGUGAGGAGCAUGCAUAUCCUGUGCUGCUUGAUGCUGAUUGGGGUUCAGAAGGAGUCUUAAAGGAUGAAGAGGCUCUUUGUUUAGACGCAACACAUUAUGGAAAUGUUGCAAGGUUUAUUAAUCAUAGAUGUUUCGAUUCAAACUUGGUUGAGAUACCUGUGGAGGUGGAGACUCCUGACUAUCAUUAUUAUCAUCUUGCCUUCUUCACAAGCAGAAAGGUGCAAGCAUUGGAGGAACUUACAUGGGAUUAUGGGAUCGAUUUCGAUGAUCAUGAUCAUCCAGUCAAGGCAUUUAAGUGCCGGUGUGGCAGCAAGUUCUGCCGAAACAUCAAACGCUCGAGCAGAUCUAGAUCUGCAGCGAGUAGAAGAUGAACAUGUGGGGUUCAGGAAGCCAUUCACUAUUUUUCUUCCCUUGUUGAAGUAAAUUUCGUUAAUGAGACUUUGCUCCCAGAGGUUAUAACCUCUCAAUUGACUGGAUUUUGGGGUUAUUAUGAAAGCCUUGAGGAGUUGUUAGUUUUCGGGAUGCUAGUUUUAAUGGUGGCACAGCUUUAACUUGACAGAUAUUUAUAAGCUUGUGUGUCGCAUGCCUAUUAUGUUGUAUUCAUAGCAUAAAGUAAUUUGCUGGAGAAUAAGGGUUGGCUGUGUCCGUUUCCCAGAUUCAGGCUACCUACACUAAGCAAAGACUGGAUAAAAAAGUCGUAUUUAAUUUGACAUUUCUUAUAAAAGCUUGUUUGCCCCAUUGAUAUUGUGUAUUAUAUGUAGCAGAGUAAUUUGCUGAAAA